AUAAUAACCAAAACCUCUUUUCACCUCCCACAAACUAACAUAGAAAAGAAAAGCAGCUAAGUUUACAGGCUAAGCAAUGGAUGUUGUAAACAGAUUAGUGGAAGAAAAGGCAUUGGUGAUCUUCAGCCGGAGUUCUUGUUGCAUAAGCCACUCGGUACUGCAACUCAUGAGCAAUUAUGGAGCCAAUGCAACAGUCUACGAGCUAGAUAACAUGUCGAAUGGGCAAGAAGUAGACAAAGCGCUUCAAAGAUUAGGGCUUAGGCCGAGUGUUCCUGCUGUUUUUAUAGGCCAAAACUUAGUUGGUGGUGCUAAAGAAAUCAUUAGCCUACAGGUGCAAGGAAAACUUGUGCCAAUGCUAAAGGAGGCAGGAGCUUUAUGGGUUUAAUUACUUCAUAAACAACUCAAAUUUAGCAAGAAAACUAUACAAUACUCCUAUAAUUAAUGCUUUAAUUUUCAGAUUUGUAACUAAUUAAGAAGAAUCUACUUUCUUCUUAUUCACUUUCUUCCAUCUGUAUUUUUUCCAAGUAGGAUGGAAGUAUUUUUACAUGAAUCCCUUAGUGUAGUCUCUAGUCUGUAGACUGUAGUCUAUACUCUAUAGGAUGGAUGGAUAUUUUUACAUAAA